AGGAUGAGAGGGGCGUCCCGGUGGCGAUACGUCGUCAGUUCCUUCUGGAAUAAACACAGUACACCUUGGUCCAACCUUGAAGUGAGUCGUGUUUGCGAGAACAGACUAAUAACAGGGGCUAACAGCAACUGGCCUCAACUAACAAAAUGGUGUCGGUAAUAUUUGCACGUGAGCCGUGCGUUUAUUGAUCAGGCGAGGUGGUUUCUCUGUGGCGAAGAAAAGGAGAAUCGUCAACAGCCGGGAAGUCCCCGUUAGUGAAAUCUCAACGCCAGUUACCUCCCUUUGAGACUGUUUUAUCUCUUCACCGUUAACCACCAACGCCUGUUUAUCCUGUGUUCUUCAAGCCUUAGUGUCGUCUGCACGGCUAGCGGCAGCAACUGCAGUGACGCAAACUGUCUUAUAUCCGCAACAAUCACCAGUAGAACACUCUGCCAGUGAUUCCGAGCACGCUGUUGCUACGUCUGAGAGAUCGAUAGAUCAAUGUGAUUGACCGGUCAGGCAAGCUGAUUCUCCCUCAAGAGCUACGAAGUAACUACAUUGGAAACAUGGGUGUGAUUCUAAGACACUGAAGAAAACUACACGUAUAUCAGUUCAACAGGUGGUACGUGUCAAUAGAGCCUCUUAGUGAUCAUGGCUUCACAAGAUAAACAUGGGGAGCAGAACCUUUCGCUGGAGUCCCCGGCGGCGUCUAGCAAGCAGCUGAUUGGUCGACGAAAGUCGGGCAUGCGCCUUGAGCUGCUUGAACCUGACGACGAUGAUGACAUGCUGGAGGAGGGUUCCACCGCCUCACGGCGACCGUCGACCUGCUCUCUAUCAAGGUUCCGGUCAUGUCCCCAGCUCGCAGCAGUGGCCCAGGAACAGAUAUCCCCUGGCAUGGACGUCGUCAGCCUUGACGACGACGCCGCAGCUACAGCUUCUCCUACUUUGCGACAACGUCUACACAUAGAGGACCUCGACAGACGCUCAACCACGCCUACCCCUCCAUCAACACCCGGAAGUAGACGGAGCCACUUGUCUCUGAAGGAAAGUUCUAACCGCGUUUCCGGUUUGUCGCCUACAUCAACACCAAAGCUAUCCCGGCGUUCCAUGCGUGACUUUAAGCAUGUUGGCCGGACUUCCUCUGGAGACAGCGCCACGCAGGACCACAUGUCUUUUUCUUCCACAGGAGUACAGAUCUCACUCAGAGAUGAAAAUGUCCUGAGGUCGGACGACUUCAGUGAUAGAUUUUCCAAGCCACAGUCAGACAUGUUUGAGGGUCCUCCAGAGAUAAACAUUGAGGACAGAUUGAGCGACAUCGAGGACAGUGAACGCCCUUCCUCCGCCCAGCAUCGUUACCAUCAUCAUCAUUCCCAUCACGCCGUUAGCGACGACAGCCACGACAAGUGCCAACGCUGGCUUCAGAGCCUUAAGAUCACCCGAGCCGACCGAAUCAAAUCCCGGAGCCAUAUCCAACUGCCACCUAUAUGACCGGCGUGGCGUAGAAAGCACGUUACCAAAUUUCAUAUCUCUUCCUAUGAUUGAAACGUGUGGUAUCUGUAUGGAGAGUGAAGAGUAGCGAUAAUGUAGCGGGAGGAUUAUCCUUUGAUCUGUGAUAACUCCGAGGAUGCAGUUAAGAUGCACUGAAGAUGCAGUGAAUGUGAUGACCGUGACGGUGCCUGCAGCAUCAUAUGUGUAGUAGUAUUUUGUUGUUGCUGGUAUGUCGCAGUGUAGCUUAACGCUGUAUCACAGUUGUAGCGUCACCGGGGAUUAACACUGUACGGUGUUCACAGAUCACAGAUCACAGAUCACAGAUCGGCAGCAUUAUCACAAAGGAAAGGGAUGGUUGCCAUAUAUAUAUAUAUAUAUAUAUAUAUAUAUAUAUAUAUAUAUAUAUAUGUGUGUGUGUGUAAAGCUGUUAACUGAUCUUUGUGUAUGGCACAGGAAUAUAUUCAUGCUGUAUAACGAAUUCAUCAUCCUGGUUAAAGGAUAUGACUGAACUAUUUAUGUGCAUCAUCGUGAAUCAGGGGAUGUAUAAUCAGUGUUCAGCUUUGAUGAAGAUGAAAGGAUGUGUUUCGAUUGGCUUGAUACGACCGUAUUGCUCAACCACGUGUUUUUGUAGCGUUUGGAGUGUACUUUUAGUGCGUGUGGUGUUACGACGCCGUCUUUAUUGAAACCAAUCCACCGAAUUCACCAUCUUCCACUUACCACAUCCUUGCAAUGUCCUGAAACGAUAUGGACUCAUUUUCAUUCAUUUCCCAGCAGAUCAAACUUAGAUGUGUUUUCCUUGUACAUACAAGAGAUCCCUUCGCAGAACAGAAUUGUAAAACACGAAUGGUCUCACGUUUCACAUUUGAAAUUCCCAAUUCCUGAUGCAUAUGCAUAACACCCACUUAAAACUGGCUUUUGUUGAAGUCUCCCGUACCCAUGACAAUCAUUGUCUUGUCGACAGUACUUUAUUGUUUAAAUUUGUUGGAUUUGUAUAAUUUCAUGUAUUUGUUUUGACCGAAUGUAUUCGCUCGCAGAAGAUAAGCUGUUUUUAACUUGUUGGAAGGUUAUAUAAAGCCUGUAAUAGAAACGCACAGAAUAUGACAAUCUUUCGACAGCAAUAAUAGGUAACUCGGUGCACACAAAAAAGUCGUUUAUGGUUUAUGGUGUUAAGUUCCUUAGUUGUGCCAGGAUCCUCUGGUCGAUGGUUUUAAUCCUAGAUUAUGAUCCUUUGCCUGUCGGCACCGUAGUUUUCACACAGUGGUAAACCUGCAUCAUUUCGUGUAGUGAUAUGACUCAAAUAUUGUUCCCGGUCGGUUCAUCCCUAACUCGCUCCUUCACUCAGGGCUACUUUUAUUUGCUUGACAAGUGAACUUUAAAUUGUAGUCUAUUUAUCAUAAUUUGAAUCUAAAUCUAAACGAUGGUGUAGUGGCAUCAGUCUUAAAAUAAAAUAUAUCAGGCGAUUGAUUCAAUUGAGAAAAUCUAAUGCCCCUAUAAUGCAUUGUCGCCUUUGAUCAUAUUAUAUUAAGACAUUGAGGUAUUUAAGACCCAUUCAGGGGGCCAUCUUUCUCAGAAAGCUCGUGUAAGACGAAGCCUAAGACUGCUUCUAUACUCUACCAUGAAGACAUUUUACAUGAUGUAAAUGAAUUACUAUGCCAGAGCCAUUAAGAGCUGCUUGUGCAGCAAUGGCCCCUUUGGGAACCGUUUUCCGUAUGCGCGUGUCAUAUCUCAUGUAUCUGGAUGUCUUCACAUGGUGAACCCGAGAAGAUCCGGGUUAAAAUUGAUCAUCAGCAACCCAUGUUUGUCGUAAGAGGCGAUUAACGGGAUCGGUUGACUUGCGUAUCAUCGUAUCCCAAUUGCGUAGGUCGAUGUUCAAUUAAUGGAUUGUCUGGUCCAGACUGGGUUAUUUUCUGACCGCCGUCAUAUAGCUGGAAUAUUGCUGAUUGCGGUGUUGACCAUCAAACAAACAAUAAAAUAUAAUGAAUGGGCGAGUUUAAAUCCGUUGGACAAUAUCCCAGCACCCGUAAAUUCAUUUCUAUGACUUUAUGCUUUCUUUUGACAACAUUUUCGAAUUCGCAUCCUAAAUUCCCUACUUUUUGAAACCAAGCAUUACGAUUUAUUGAGGUUGGCAUGUCCCUGUGUGUACAGCCUGACCAAUAAUAAGCUACAGCAUUGACUAAGUCAUGACUUAGGCACAAAAAGGUAUUAUGUUUCUAAUCUCCACCGUGGUCAUUUUUGGGAGGUUGGGGAGGGCUUCCUGUGCAAAAAUGGCUUUCAAAAACAUAUAAAGGCCCAUAAACAACUCAAGUAGAGGAGUGAGCGAAUUUUGUUUUACGCCGCAGCAGCAAUAUUCAAGCAGGGUUGAGCGUGACAAAAUGUUUCCAUUUCCACGAACCCAAUUCUUCCUCAGACAAACAAAAAAUCAAUCUGUUGUGGCCUUAUGCUUGUACUACAUGUAUCUAUAUGGAAAUAUGUUCCCUACAUUGUCAGUUACUUAGUGACAUACUCCACUGGUGAUGUACGUGUACGCACGUACACUUGUUCACAAAACUAUUACCUGUUAUUGAAAGUAUUGCGUCUUUGACACAUGUUGUAAGUUAAUGCAAUAUAUUCACGUUAUGUGAAUAAAUAUGGAUGAAAAGAC